AUGAGGCUCCUCAAUACCGAGACCCUCCAGCUCGAGACUUUCGUGUCUCACGAAACAUCCCGCUACGCGAUUCUUUCUCAUACAUGGGACGAGGAUGAAACGCUCUUCGAGGACCUCAGGGGCAAACCGCCGGGACCUCUGAACACCGGCAAGGCUGGCGACGCGAAAAUCGACACUUGCUGCAUCAACAAAUCAAGCAGCGCGGAGCUCUCGGAGGCAAUCAACUCCAUGUUCGAAUGGUAUCGUGCUUGUCAAAUCUGCUACGCCUAUCUGUCGGACGUCACCGACGGAGAUGAGGCAGCCCCGCAGAGCAGCCGGUGGCUCACGCGGGGAUGGACCCUCCAGGAACUCAUAGCACCGGAUGAGGUUGUCUUCUGCAACAAGUACUGGGAGAUAAUUGGAAACCGGAGGGAUCUUGCAGCCCAUCUGUCGAACCUCACCAGAAUCGACGAGGCAAUUUUACACAGGGACCCCGGUGUCGAUGUGAACCGUCUGUUAGCUGAGAUCGGCGUCGCCGCGCGCAUGUCUUGGAUUCGCCACAGGCAAACCACAAGAAAGGAGGACAUGGCAUAUUGUCUCAUGCGACUAUUCGACGUGAACAUGCCGCUCCUGUAUGGCGAGGGCACAAAGGCUUACACUCGCCUCCAGCAAGAGAUCAUAAAGAACAUAGACGAUCAGUCAAUUCUGGCCCAUUGGACUCUUGGCACUAGAGAUGGCUGGGAGGGGCUCCUGGCGAGAGUUCCUCCUAGGUCUCAAUUUCUCCGCGUUCCCCUUCUAGCCAAAGUGUUGAAGGUGUCCUCGCUCAGACCGCCGGACAACUCGACAGAACUGAAUCGGACGUGGCUGGCCGUGCUAGAUUGCCACCACGCAUCCGACUUUCUCAUCAGACCAGCCAUCCUCCUGGAGCCUCUCAACGGGUCUAUGGAAUCGGGGUAUCGAUCGUUCCGAAAAAUCGGUCCAGUUGCUUGGCUAAUUCCACCAGCCCAUGCUGCCGGCAAUGACUUGCAAGUCGGAGCCGUCUACUGCAACCGAGCUGAAACUUUGAAGGAUAUUGAGACAGAGCAACAUCCAUUCAAAGCCCGCUGGCAGCUACAGGCAGGAACCUCAGCCAUUCACAAUCUUCCUCCAGGACUCGACUAA